AUGGUCUCGAGAAUACUCUUCUGGAGCGGCUUCGGCGUCGCAGUCCGCGUCUGGCAGCUCGGCCUCGAGAUGCGGCCCUUCUUCAACCGCGGCUCGCUGUGGGCGUACCCCGUCUUCGCCGGCGUCGGCGGCAGCUUCGGCUACUGGCUGCAGGGCGUCGACCAGCGCCAGACGGCCGUCCUCGACGACCGCAAGGCCGCCAUCCUCGAGAAGCGCGCCAGGAGGGCCGCCAAGAACGCCGAUCAGAUCCACGCCGAGGCCGCGCAUUAA